AUUUUUGCGCAUUUGUAGCACCGAGAAAAUAGUUUAAAAUAUUGAAAUUACACGAUAAAAGUUUCUAAUGACUUUUUCCUUGUACUGGGGAACUCUUUUCGAGUACUAUUGCUCUAGAUGAUUUAAAAUAAGUUCGCUUGAUGGCGACUCUCGAUGCACUGUUCGAUGCGACCUCCCGUUCUUUUGGGAGUAAUGUCGCCGUCACCUUUAAUUCUGGGUCAAUUCAAGAACACAUCACAUACAACGAACUCGAAGCUCAAGUGUCCAAAGUGAAAACAUUUUUGAAGACAGUGUGCGAAGGACAAGAAACAGUAGCGAUAUAUUCCAAACAAUCAAUUAGUUUGGUGUCUUGUAUUCUUGGAGUGUUGAAGUCUGGAAAUUGCUUCGCACCCAUUGAUUUGAAUUGGCUUCCAGACAUGGUCUGCAAGUUUUUAUUAAAACUGAGCGUCCAUAUUUUGUUUCUAGAGGAAGAUCUACUCGAUUCAUUUGAAAAUUGUUUACUGCAAUGGAAAACGUCUUUACCCGAAGGCAGCAAAGUAGAAUUUGUUUGGAAUCAAGUUCUUGCUAACAGUGGUUUUAUACCCAUAAGACGACUGGAUGAACUGAAGGAAGAAAAACCGAAUACUGAGAAUCAAGGCCUUGCAUAUGUCAUGCAGACGUCUGGCACAACAGGUGAAGCAAAAGUCAUCAGAGUGCCACACAUGUGUAUAGUGCCAAAUAUUAUUGACUUGAGGAACAUUUUCCAAGUGACGUCUGAAGAUGUAAUAUUCCUUACCUCUCCCUACACCUUUGAUCCUUUCAUUGUUCAGAUGUUCAUGGCAUUUGCAGCAGGAGCCAGACUUGUAAUUGUGCCAGACAGUGUUAAAAUGGUGCCGUCUAAGCUUUGCAAUAUUCUUUUUGAUGAAGAAAGGGUGACUAUUUUACAGGUAAGAGUUUUUUGAGAUACAAGACCCUGAAAACCAUACACCAGUUGGUGCUACCAAUAAUAUAAUAUAAGAAAAGGACGGGAUUGACUUCCCCCCUUUUCUUGAACCAGAUACUCAAAACUGACAAGCGAUUCCUCAGCAAAGAUUAACUAUGAGAAAAUGCACAUACAAACUGAAAUUUG